UUAAUGGAACUGCUUAAUUGCUACUUGCAAAAUGGGGGGUCUGAACUGCUUUUGAUCGGUGUUGGGACGGUUCCUCCAUUGUGAAGGUGAAUUGGACACUGGUCGUGGAUUCACAGAUAAAGUAGAUCGACUAAAACUGGCAGAAAUUGUGAAGCAAGUGAUAGAGGAACAAACCACAUCCCAUGAAUCCCAAUAAUGACAGCUUCAGACUUUGUUUUUUUAUAAUCUGAAAAACUAUUCUUUAAUGUAUAAAGUAAUUUUUAUGUAAAUUAAUAAAUCAUUUCAUUUUCACAUUGCUUAAAGAUGCUGUAUAGAUUUAGAUAAUGGUAUUUACUAAUAGUAUAGUUCAUUUGUUUGUUUUUAAGAAAAGCUUAGCUCCUAGAAAUAUACAUUAUUUUAGGACUCCUUAGUCAUGUCUGUAAAAUGACAGAUAUUAUAUCAAGCAAGAUUGUUUUAUUUGUAAUAAAGUAUAUAAAAACCACUUGUCAGCGGUAGACAAAGGACCAACUAUACUGAUCUUUCUCCUUAGUAAACAGUUGAAUCAAAUACUGUGGAAUUUGGUUUUAAUUGCCCUGUGUAUUUACUCUCUGCACUAUUGGUAGAUUAGCCCUGAUGCCAAGAAAUGUUUGUGGAUCCAUGUUACAGACUGUCUGCUGAAAUUCACAAGAUGUUGGCUCCCAUGAUGGGAGAGGCAGGGAGCUGAGCCUUCAUUUUGUUGUCCCUAAUUCCUAAGAGAAAAGUGGUAACACUUUUGUUUUUAUUGGCCAUAUUUGUUAAAAGGAAUUGGUGUGAUUCUUAAAUCUAAUGGAUUAUCUUUUGAGUUUAUUCUUUUUAUGUUUAAUCAAAAUUUCAGUUUCCUUUCCCCUGAGACCCUACUUUUCCUCUCUCCUUCCUGGCAGCCCUCACCAGCUCCAUUGCUUCCUAUGUCCUUUCCCUGUUCUUCUGGCCCACUUAGGGGGUGGUUUUUCUGAGAAAGUAACAUUUUAUGAAAAGUGGACUUUUGGAUUAGCAUCUAAUAGGGUCCAGGUUUUUUUUCCUCUUAAAGCUGCCCUUUUUUUCUGUAAUGUUUCUGCCUAGGUUUCAUGUCGGCAUCCUCUGGGCUGCACUUAUUUUGUUCUGCCACCUUCAUUAUCGGGAAGCAUGCUUCUGGCCAAGUUCAGCUGUUUGAACGGAAAUCAAGGCUGGAUGCUUUUCUGUUUGUUUGUUUUUUUGUUGUACAAAUGGACUUCCAUAACAUCAUGUUUAAAAAAAUUUUUUUUAGAAGUUAGGCUGUGUUCCUAAGAAGAGCUAGCUAAUAGACAAACUCCAAUUCGCAAAGCAGAGGGAAAGGAUCGGUAGGCUCAGAUAUUUAGUUUUAUUCUGUCACAUUCUCUUCAAUCAAAAUCUACCCCACAGAGCUAACUCAUUUUGCUGAGAAUGUCAUCUAGGUGACAUUUGGUUAGUAUGGCCUAUAUAUGUAUGUAACUGUGCAAAUAUAUUAUAAUAAUACAAAGUAUCUUUUAAGAAUUACCUUUUUACAUUGGUUCCCUUUUAUUUUGGAGAAUUUGUAGUUCAGGUAUUUUUUUAGGUAAGACUCACUAAUAUUAGGUGAAUGGAUACCCUGUAAGGAAUAUUCAGUACUUUUAAACAUGGCAAAAUUUAAGAAUUAGGCAGCAGGGAAAUGUUUUAUUUGCUGACCAUAAAACUUAGCUAAAAGUUGAAUUAAGGGUUGAAUUAUAUUCUAUUUUUCAAUGAAAUGCAAUCUUACAAAUCACUUCUUGUAAUCAGGAAAAACUGCACUUGUUUCUCGAACAACUGACUACCUGUUGUUUUUCUUAUCUUAGGGCACAGGUUCAGUAUUCACUAGGGAUACUUUGCUACCCUUCUUUUUCUUCAGAGUAACUUUCUAGCAUGCCCAGUCUACCAUGAACUUCUCCAAUUUGUUGUUUAUGUGUCUUCUAAUGGCUCAGGAUGAUUUUUUUCCCCUUCAGGGUGUGGUGAAUUUUGGGCAUGAGUGGUAGCUGGGUAUCCCAAUGGCACCUUUGGGCUCAAGUGGUUUUGCAGGGUAUCCCAAAUGAUGCAUUCUGUUUACUUUGAGCAGCAGUUGCCCAUGUAUCAGUUGUUUCAGGGUGAAUUAAUCUGGCCCCCAAAUGUGCACUGUCUCCAGACAUGUCCAGAUGAGCCCCAAGCUGGAAGUCUGUGAAUACCCUGCAGACGCGAAGGCUGUCAUAACUCAACAGUGGGUCCUACCCUGGACAGAGCUCCACUGUUUGGUGUUCAGAGUUUUCUCUGUGGAGAGAGUUUGUAGGCCAGUAGCAAGUGAUGCCGUAACAUACCAGUCACGUUCACUGAUAAAGCAAAAUCUGUAACUGAAAGUGAGACAAAAAUUGUCCUUGUCUCUUCUGGCCUGUCUCUCUGAUGCCCCUAAACUUACAGAAAGUUCAUAUUGUCAGAACAGUUUUUGUAGGCAGAAGGUUAGAGUCUCUAGUUUUGCCACAUGAUUUGCUAACCUCUGCUUACUAAAACCAUUACUUAUCACUCAAAUACCUCUAGACAUUACCAUAGUUAUAACUCUGCUUGAUGUAAAACAACUUGUAUAUCUCCCUGGCUAACAUAUUGUAUAAGCAUAGGAGAAUAUCUGCCAGAAAUUUAUUGUUUGAAACAUAGGAGGAACUUCCUCUUAAACAGUUUUGUUCUUGUAUUUAUUUGAGAAAGAACAAGUUGAAGAAAUUAUUAGUUAAAGAAGAAGUCAAAUGAUUUAAAUCAGACCUUGUGUAUGAAUGCUUACAUGUGUGUUAUUUAUUCAAGAAAAUGUGUUUCAAUUUGGGAACUGGAAACUUGGAUAUUUAAUUUUAAUUAUAUUUUUAUUUAUUUAAAAAGUAGAGGUUUUCUUUCAUUAUUGAUUUAAUUCUUUCAUCCCAUAAAAUGACUUAACCUAAUUUGCCCUGCCUGUUUUGGUUAAGACACAGGGAAGCACCUUAAAUCUGAUAAUUUCUAAAUUACAUAAUUUUAAGAGGCGUUCUUUCCACUUAUAUGAACUACAAAGAAAAAAGAAAUCCAGCUAGAAAUCAUUUCACCUUUUUGCUGUAAAAUUUUAAAAUAGGUUUGUGACAUGACAGUAUAAAUUUUCUUGCUAGAUGCUAAUGAUAAAUUUUAUCUAUAUGAGGACUUAAAUAUUAAUUGGGGAUAGUUAAUGAGUUGAUCUGCUCAUGCUCAUAUUUGAGAUCUUGUGGUAUCAUAUCAUUCUGAGAUAGGGUAGUUUCCCAUUUUGUGUGUGUGUUAAACUUGUACUCAACCCUUAUUUUAUAUUGUAAAUAUUGACUUAAUAUAAAUUAUUUUUAUGCAAAGUAAAGGAUCUAGAGUUUUAUUUAACUUCAUUUUAGUAUGCACAGGAAAAUAACUGGACAAGGGUUGUGGAUAGGGCUUUUCCCUGCCUUUUUACCUUUUAAAUUUGUACGGUUGAAUACACCAGGAUAUUAAGAUAAAACCUGUGGACUUGUACAGAGAUUAGAGUUUAAUUUUAGUUACAAAAGUGAAGAAAUCUCUUCAAAGGUCUUAUAGAAUACACUUUUAUUUUCUUGAUGAAAUGGUAUCUAGGUAGUUGGUUAAUAAUCAGCUUGUUUUUAUGUUGGGACAGUUGAGAAGAAAUGAACUUUGAUCCCAGUCACUUAAACUACCUCCAUGGUGAAACUGAACUCAUUUCAUUUAAUACUUAAUAUGUCUCUAUGAUAGGAAAACUUCUUAGAAGAUAACAAUUACGUUUAUAUUUAGAUACAAAAUGUCUAACUUCAUCUUUUAUGAACAAAGGCUAAGAAGGGAGAAUUUGUGAAUCUGCAUGUGAUUUUUUUAAAAAUUAAAGGCAAAAAAAAUGAUACAGUGAAGGGCUGGACUGAGAAACAGUACCCUGUAUUACAACAGAAAUGAGGAAAAGAGGUAGUGGGCAACAGAGAACUUUGUCCUGCUCAUAGAUCCCCCAAGAAUCCCUGUCCCCUUCCCCCCAACCUCCUGCCAGAAUGUUGGGUUUCAAAGAAUGAGCAGAUUAACGGAUAUCAGGGAGUUCUGUGGCCUGGACUGAGGAUAAGGAUAAUUUAUCAGAGUUAAAGUACUGGCUGAAUCAUUACAGACUUUCUACUUGGUAUAUGUCUCUGUGAGGAUAAAGGGAACUUAGACAAGGAGCAUUAAAGCUGUUGCUGUUUGGACGAAGGCAACAACUGAAGAUCAAGAGGGAAGCAAGAGUAUAAAGACAGCCUCAAACUUGUAAGACCGAGUUGGGAAGCAGUCACCCAUAAGGGAGCCAGAUUAGAUCUCAAUCUCCAAGGUUCAGCAUGCCAAGGAAAGCUGUUGCUGAUGGACACAGGCCCUGCAUCAUCAACUGAUCACUAGGGCCAUGUCAGUGGCCACCUCUAUGAGAGAUUCUGCCUCUAUACGGCCUUCUCUAUGGAAAAACCAAGUGGCCUUGAAAAAGGGUAAGAUCAAGUUACAGACUUGGGCUCAGCAGAAGAGGGACUUAAGGCUGGGGCCAGUGCCAGGAUCUUCAUGUAUCCGUUUGGGAAUUGUGAUACUAUUGGUGGUUUUCCUGCCAAGUAUGUACUGUGACCUGGGAUCAGUAUAUUAUACUUUCUAUGAAAUAAUUAUUCCCAAGGGGCUGAUAUUUCAGGAAAGGGAUGGCCAAGAGAAAAAUACAUCCUACAUGAUAUCUAUGCAGGGCCAGAAACAGCUGAUUCACCUGAAAGUGAAGACAGACUAUUUUAUCAAGAACUUUCCAGUCUUCAGCUACCACAAUGGCAUCCUGGGACAAGAAAUGCCUUCCAUCUCACAUGACUGUCACUAUGAAGGCUACAUAGAAGGAGUCCCGGGUUCUUUUGUUUCUGUCAACACCUGUUCAGGCCUCAGGGGCAUCCUGAUUAAGGAGGGAAAAUCCUAUGGCAUUGAGCCCAUGGACUCUUCAAAACAGUUUGAACAUGUGUUGUACACCAUGGCCCAUCAAGCUCCAGUCUUCUGCAGUGUCACUUCCAAAGACAGCCCAGUGGUGUCCACCAGCAGACAACAAGGGAGCAAGAAGCCUGGCGGUCUACAGGAGCUGUCCUACUUGUGGUCACUCACCAAGUAUGUGGAGAUGUUUGUUGUGGUCAACAACCAGCGGUUCCGAAUGUGGGGCAGUAACGUCAAUGAGACGGUCCAGAGGGUGAUGCACAUCAUUGCCCUGGCCAACAGCUUCACUAGGGGAAUAAACACAGAGGUGGUGCUGGCUGGAAUGGAGAUUUGGACCGAGGGGGACCUCAUAGAGGUCCCAGUGGACCUGCAAGUUACACUCGGGAAUUUCAACAGCUGGAGACAAGAGAAGCUCCUCCAUCGUGUGAAGCAUGAUGUUGCCCACAUGAUUGUCGGACAGCAUCCUGCACAGGGUAUGGGACAGGCAUUUCUCAAUGGUGCCUGCUCAAGUGGGUUUGCAGCAGCUGUUGAAUCCUUCCAUCAUGAAGAUGUCCUGCUGUUUGCAGCGCUCAUGGUCCAUGAGCUUGGGCACAACUUGGGUAUUCGGCACGACCACUCAGCCUGCAUUUGUAAAGACAAACCCCUCUGCCUCAUGCGUGACAAUAUCACUAAAGAAAGUGGCUUCAGCAACUGUAGCUCUGACGACUUCUACCAGUUCCUCCAGGAACACAGAGGGGCCUGCCUAUUUAACAACCCUCAGCGGCACAAAGGCCGCUUGCGUAGGGAUUCCUACUGUGGAAACGGUGUGGUGGAGGGUGAGGAGCAGUGUGACUGUGGUUCUGCCUGUUACACUGACCCGUGCUGUGACCAGACAUGUAGCCUGAAGGGGAGUGCAGAAUGUAGUGAUGGACUCUGCUGUUUUGGUUGCCGACUGAAGAAUAAGGGAUUCAUGUGCCGUUCUGCUUUGGGAGAGUGUGACCUCCCAGAGUAUUGUGAUGGUACCUCUGCAGAGUGCCCCACAGACACCUAUAAGCAAGAUGGGACGUCGUGCGGUAGACUGCACUACUGUGUUGGGGGUCAAUGCAGGAACCCUGAUAAUCAAUGCAUGGCUAUGUAUGGGGACACUGCACGGUCAGCCCCAGAAAACUGUUACAUUUCAAUGAACAGCAAAGGGGACCGGUUUGGAAACUGUGGGCAUCCCACCUCGGCAAUGUCAACAUAUGUUAAGUGUUUUGAUGAUAAUGUAUUUUGUGGGAAAAUUAUAUGUACAAAUAUUAGAUGGGUCCCAUCCAUCAAACCCCAUCACACACUGAUCCAGAUUCCUUAUGAAGGUGACUUCUGCUGGAGCUUGGAUGUCUAUAACAUUACUGAUAUCCCUGAUGAGGGAGAUGUGCACUCUGGCACUGCUUGUGCCCCAAACAAAGUCUGCAUGAAUUACUCCUGCACUGAUCAUGCUGUGCUCAACUAUGACUGCAGACCAGCAGAAAUGUGCAAUGGGAGAGGAGUCUGUAACAAUGUAAGGCACUGCCACUGUGAGGCUGGCUAUGCACCCCCCGACUGCAGGACUCCAGGAAAUGGGGGGAGUGUGGACAGUGGUUCCCCUGCUAAACCAACUGAUGCAAAUCUAAGUGAAGGUGAAGGUGGCAGUCCUGCUAAACCUAAGACUGAAUUUCAAAAUCUUGGUAUUAUAGUUUUCAUACUCCCUUCAUUUCUUUUACUAUUAUUGAUAUUAUUAAUAUGUUGCAUUAGUCUUAAUGCUGGAAUUGAGUCAGUAGAGACCCCAGGGGCCUCCACAACAUUGAGUUCAGAGCAUACCAGUUUUGAAUCAGAGAUUAUCCCAUCAGAGGAGGACCUCCCACCUGAGGAAGGCCUCCCACCAGAAGAAGCCUCCCUACCAGUGGAGCCCCCGCCACCAGAGGAGCCACCACCACCGGAGGAGCCUCCCCCACCGGAGGAGCCUCCCCCACCGGCGGAGCCUCCCCCACCGGAGGAGCCUCCCCCACCUGAGAAGCCUCCCCCACCUGAGGAGCCUCCCCCACCUGAGGAGCCUCCGCCAGCGGCGCCUCCCCCACCAGAGGAGCCUCCUCCACCAGAGUCAUAAGUGAUGGUAGCAAUGGAAGCACAGAAAUAACCAAAAGUAGAAGAGUAGUUGAGGAAGAACCAAAGAAUAUCAAAUACCUCAAGUACUGGUAGGAAUGGAAGGUUAGAAAGGCAAAGAGAAAGUGAGAAUUGAUGGCUCUAGGAGUGCUGAUGGGGCUGUGUAAUCUACAGAAAUACUAUGUAGGAAGAGAACUCCUGCUUUCAAUAUUUACUUUAGUAAUUUGAUUAUAUAUUCAUAUAUGAAAUCGUACAUGAAAUAUUCUGUAUUUUUGCUUUUCCCCAUUUCAUGAAACUAAGUUUUUCUCAUGGAUCAUUGCUAGUUGUUUCAUUUAGGCCACUUUUUGAUCUGAAAUUUUUUUCACGGCGUACCAUCUUCCAUCUACAUUGUUUGACAUAAUGUAUUAUCUGUACCUAUAUUACUGGAUUAUUCAAACCAGUGACAACAAUGCAUUAUUUUAGGAACAUUAUCUAUUGAGUACUUUGAUUUGCCCUAACCGUUUCUAUUCCUGAAAGAGAUAAUUUAAAAUAAAGAAAUAAGUAAAUAAACACAAGGUUAUUUGCAGAUUAAGCAUCAUUUCAGACUCCAUGCAGCCUAGUACUUGGGGUUUCUUUAAUUUGGGCUUUCUGGAAGGGGUUAUAUCUGAUCCAGGGUGGUCUGAUCACCCUGGGUCUGGGAUAAUUGAGGUAAGUGCUGAGAUCAUAUUUGUGGUAUUUGUUUUUUCCUUAAAUUCUAUAUUGAAGUUGAUAUUUUGUCUAUUAACAACUCAUAGGAAUGUUUCUGUGUGGUAGUUAUUUUCGUGUGGUAGUUAUUUGCUAAGACAGCACAAAGUAUAUGCAAUAAUAUUACCCAUCCUGGGCAAGACACUAUGCUAGAUAGACACUUUGCAUUUGUUGUCUUAAUAAAUCCUCUCAUUCACCCUAUGAGGCCUUCAUCUUGUACACGAGGAAACAGAGACCAAAGAGCUAGUACGGGGCGGGGCCUGCAUCCCACCCCAGGUAUGACUGAAAGUACGUUCUUCACUGUCUCAUGAGCUUUUGCUUCAGUAAAGAAAAAAAGAAAGUGACCAGGGAGACAUUUGAUAUGUUUUUGCUUGCCCAGAACAUGGCUUCUUAUUUGGUGACACUAAUGAAACAAAAGCCACACUGUGUAGUCAUUAUCAAUGAAAGUGUCCUUUUCCUAUUACAUUCUGACAUCAUGGCACAGCAGGUUUGUAUCUUGUUCAGCUCUGAGGGCCCCGCUCAUUGUAAGUGCUCAGUAAAUGUUGACUAAGUGAAGGAUUUAACCAGAGCCAACCAUAGGAUAGGAAAGUAACCACUUUGGAUGCCACCUGCUAGGUCUAGACAUGACACAGCCAAAACCUUGUUCAGGUGCAGUGUUGCUACAGGUUGAGUUUCAGAGAAGUUCCUUAGCAUCAGUCCCUGAUGAUCCAUAUGCUGAGUCCCUCUUCUAACUGCCCACCCUAUGUGAGCAGAUAAGAGCAAACAAAAGGAUAAGACCUGGUUUCUGCUUUUAAGAAGCUUAUGUUAAUUAUUUUGGUGUAACAAUCCUAAACAUCAGAGCAAAAUCCAAAAUCAAGCCUUCAGUUAUAUAAGUUUUCAAGUCACAAGAUCUGCUGGUAACCAAAUCUCAGAAUGUUGUAUGCCAGAGAUCAAGAUUCAUGGGAAAAACAUGCUAUUGGUCGUCACCCAAGAGCUCCAAGAACAAGGAUAGAACGGGGUAACUGAGUGCCUCCAAAUAUAAACUUGUCAUUAGAGACUUGGAAAAGGUGUGGAGGAUUUCUGCCAAGAAGCACUUCAGUGAACAGAAGGGGUAACCUUCCUGACUAUGCACAUGCGGAUGGUGAGUAUACUGAAAGAUAAUAAACAUCACGUAUUUUCAAAACUUAACAAACACAAGGGAAUCAUGAUUUAGGUACAGGGUAAUCAUUCUUAUCAAAUUUAAUGGCAUGUGUUAAGGACCAAAAGUCAGGUAGAUAUUUGGGAAUCCAUCAGUAAGACCUAUCACAAUAUUUGACAAAAAUUUAGCAAAUAAAGAAAUUGUAUAGACUUUUUAAUUUUUCAUUGCUGUUCUUAUGACUAACCCUCAGGUGUACAAGACCAGUCUAAAAGCAGGAAACAGCUCUUUGAAUGAAGUCCUUUGAAAAAGUGACAAAAUUGGACAUAUUUAUAUAUUGCAAGGUGAAUCUUAAAAUAUGUGAAAUCCCCAAACUCCAGGGAUUGGCAGUUGAAGCUCUUUAGGAUAGACUAUACCAGGGAAGUGACUAUUUUUUGUUAUUGUUAAUCCUCACCCGAGUAUAUUUUUCCAUUGAUCUUUUUUUUAAAAAAUAUAUUUUACUGAUUUUUUU